CUACCGGGCCGGGGCUCCCCGGUGCACCCCGCACUGCCCGCCCCGCGCCUGCGCCCCAGUCCCGGUGCGUGGGGCGAGACCGGGCUGGCACGAUGCGGCCGACUGCGACCCGGAGUCCACCCGCGGCUCCUUAGCAAGGGACACCCAUCCCCAUCCCCGUCCCGACUCCCCGGGAGAGGGGCCUAUGGGUGGUGGUCAGCGGGAUGCUCGGCCGGGCUGCGGGCAAGAAAAGCUACAGCCCCUCGGCGGCGGCGGGCAGAGCCCACCCGCCCCAGCGCUCCCUGGACUCGCUGCCCCGCACGCCCGCCGUGAGGCUGACGGACCUCUCUCGCAAGGAUUGCCUGGAGGCACCGGGCUCCAGCACGGGGGAGCUGCCCCCGGGCAGUGCCAAGCUCAGCAGCAGCCCCAGCACCGUGGGCACCCUGAAGCGCCCCACCAGCCUGAGCCGCCAUGCCAGCGCCGCCGGCUUCUCCCUGCCCGCAGCCCCCCGCGCCGUGCCCAAGGGCCACAAGACCCCCACGUCCUACAGCCCCAUGGACGGAGGGGACAGUCCCUUCAUCGACCCCGAGGACAUCUCCCAGCUGCUGGCGGAUGUCGCCCGUUUUGCCGAAGCCCUGGAGAAGCUGCGGGAUGUGGUGCUGCGCGAUGACCCCAAGAAGCCCCAGCGGCCACUGGCUCACGAGUGCCUGGGUGAAACCCUGCGCAUCCUGCGCCAGGUCAUCAACAAAUACCCACAGCUCAACACCCUGGAGAUCCUGACAGCUGCCGGGACCCUCAUCUCCAAAGUCAAGGGUUUCCACUAUGAAUCCAACAAUGAUUUGGACAAGUGGGAGUUCGAGAAGGCCGUGGAGACCAUCGCUGUGUCCUUCAGCAGCACGGUGUCUGAGUUCCUCAUGGGGGAGGUGGACAGCAGCACCAUCCUCUCUAUCCCACCCAGUGACCAGAACCAGGCCAUGGAGAGCCUCUAUGGGGGGAUUCCUGGGCCUGGAGGAGAUGGAGUGCCCUCAGGCAUGGACAGCUAUGACACAGCCCGUCCUCCGGCCGAGGAAGUUGAUGUGAUGCUGCAGCGCUGUGAGGGGGGGGUGGACGCUGCCCUCCAGUAUGCCAAAACCAUCUCCAAGUACAUGAAGGACCUGAUCGGGUAUCUGGACAAAAGGACCACACUGGAGAUGGAAUUUGCCAAAACGCUCCAGAAGAUAGCAAACAGCUGCAAGCAAACCAUCAGUCAGGAGACCAACGUGCCUUUCCUGUCCAUCUAUCUGCUGGCCCUGGAGCAGGACGUGGAGUACGGGACCUCAGUUGUGCAGGCAGCCAACACCCUGCAGCACCAAACCUUCCUCAUGCCACUGAUGGUGAGACGCCUGGAACAUGAGAAACGCAGGAAGGAGAUCAAGGACCAGUGGCACCGGGCACAGAGGAAACUGCAAGAGGCAGAGGGGAACCUGCGCAAGGCCAAGCAGACGUACAUGCAGCGCAGCGAGGAGCACGACAAGGCCAAGUACAUGGUGGUGAAAGCAGAGGAGGAGCAGCAAAACAUGACCAGCAGCAUCACGACCAAAACCCUGGACAAGAAGAGGCGGCUGGAAGAGGAAGCCAAGAACAAGGCAGAAGAGGCCAUGGCUACAUAUCGCACCUGUGUGGCUGAUGCAAACACGCAGAAGCAGGAGCUGGAGGACACCAAGGUGAACUCCCUGCGGCAGAUCCAUGAAGUGAUCAAACAGACUGACCAGGUCAUCAAGUCGGCCACCAUCUCCUUCUACCAGGCCAUGCACAUGCAGACAGCGCCGCUGCCCGUGAAUUUCCAGACUCUGUGUGAGAGCAGCAAGCUGUACGACCCAGGCCAGCAGUAUGCAUCCCACGUCCGGCAGCUGCAGCGCGGCGACGAGCCCGACGUCCAGUAUGACUUCGAGCCCUAUGUGUCCCACAAUGCCUGGUCUCCCUUUACUCGGCCACGGAAGGGCAGCUUCACUGCCAGCGAGUUCUCCACGAGUGCAGAGGGGGCCAGGGCUGGCUCAGAAGGAGCAGCAGGAGCCAAGGAGUCACCAAGUGGGGCUGGAGCAGCCGAGCAAAGAGGUGGGAGGGGACACCAGGUCCAUAAAUCCUGGCCAAUCUCUGUCGCUGAUGCUGACAGCAGCCUGGAUUCCAGUGCAGGUGAAUUCAGCCACAAGCUCCAGCGGCUGUCAUCCAACGGCACCGCAUCCUCCAGUGAGGAGCUGGAGGAGAAGGACGGGACCACCACACCCUUUGACCAGAGCAUCAAUGGGAUCACCCCGGAGCUGGCAGCUCCCACAGGGCCCUUCCGGAAUGUUGGCUUGUCCAAAGCUGCCCAGACCCAUCGGCUAAGGAAGCUCCGUGCCCCUUCCAAAUGUCGAGAGUGCAACAGCUACGUGUACUUCCAGGGAGCCGAGUGUGAGGAGUGCUACCUGGCCUGCCACAAGAAGUGCCUGGAGACCUUGGCCAUCCAGUGUGGGCACAAGAAGCUCCAAGGGAAGCUGCAGCUCUUCGGGCAGGACUUCACAAAGGCAUCUCAGGGCAGCCCAGAUGGGAUCCCCUUCAUUGUCAAGAAAUGCAUUUCAGAGAUCGAGAAGCGGGCCCUGAAAACAAAGGGCAUCUACCGAGUUAACGGUGUCAAGACCCGCGUGGAGAAGCUUUGCCAGGCUUUUGAGAAUGGGAAGGAGCUGGUGGAGCUGUCCCAGGCCUCCCCCCAUGACAUCAGCAACGUCCUGAAGCUCUACCUGAGACAGCUGCCAGAGCCCCUGAUGCCCUUCCGCCUGUACAAUGAGCUGAUGGGGCUGGCCAAGGAGAGCCUGCAGGGCGGAGAAGCCAAGGGCCGCAGUGGGAAGGGCGGACCUGAGCUGGUGGACAGAGGAGCUGACACCGACCAGGUGGUGCUGAGCCUGGUGCUGAAGCUGAGGGAGCUGCUGAAGGAGCUCCCUUGCGAGAACAUGGCCACGCUCCAGUACCUCCUGCAGCACCUGAGGAGGAUCAUGGAAGUGGAACAGGACAACAAGAUGACCUCAGGCAACCUGGGCAUUGUCUUUGGGCCAACGCUGAUGCGCCCCAGGCCCACGGAUGCCACGAUUUCCUUGUCCUCUCUGGUGGAUUAUCCCCACCAAGCUCGGAUCAUUGAGGCACUCAUCAUCUUCUACCCCACCAUCUUCGAGCACAAGGACUUGGCACCGGCCAGCAGACGCGGCUCAGGUGCCAGGGAGGAGGUGGCCAGUGGUGCUGAGCAGGCCCACACAGGCUCCCAGCCUGUGGCUCCUCUUGGCACCAGCCCCUACUCGGAGCUGCCUUCGGAGAAGAGCAGUUUGGCUUUCAGCGCUGACUCACUCGCAGAGUCCGGUGACCGCUCCGUGGACUCUGACUCGGAGCUGGAGGACGGCGGGGAGCCACGGACACACCUGACCAAGCAGGGGAGUGAGACCAGCACGGAGGAAGUUCAUUUCUGUGACGAGGGGAGCGAGGGCCCGAGGAGCCGGAGCUGCAGCGUGGGCCAGUCAGAUGCAGAGGGCUCAGCUCCCCACUGCUGCAGUCCUGGGGAUGAGCAAAGUGAUGUGGAGGAACACCCUGAGAGCCACAGCCCUGCCACCCCUAAGGAUGCCACAAACCAGCCCAGCACCCCUCGGGGCCAUGGCAGCCAUGAGCUGCAGCCCCGGCUCACCUAAAGCACUGGGAUGGACAAAGGGGGCAAAUCCCAGAGGCUGCCCAGAUGAUGGAAACUGGAAUGUGGAGGGGUGGGAGGGACAUAUGGUAGCCCAGGGGGGUUUGGUGUGUCAGCUGCAGGCGAGUCCUGGCUGAUUCUUGGCUGAAGCUUUCACACAAAACCCCUGAGGCCCUUGCUGCCAGGCUGGAGAAUGGGGUCAGUGUGCUGGGACCCCUGGCUCGCCUGGGGCCAUGAAGGACUUUGCCUGGGAGGGAGCUGAUUCUGGGCAGACCCUCCACUUGUUCAGGAUUGGGAAGGAACCCAGGGCUGUGCCUGUGCCAGAUGUUUUUUUUGUUUUUGUUGUGCUUCUGAAUCCCACACCUGUGCUGCAAGAUCGAGGUUGGAUGAGUCAAAGGACCUGGUCAUCCCUGAUGGCUGAGGCUGGAAGGGAGCCAAGGCUGCCAGGAGUGACAUGGGGGCAACAAUCACUCAAGAUGGACAGGAGAAUGGCACCACAGGGACAGAUGGAACUGGAGGCAGAUCACUGGGACAGGAACACAGCUGGAGCAGUGUUGGGGUUGGGGUGAAACCCCUGCACCAUCUCACCCUGAGCCAGGCUUAGCUUUGGGGCUGUGCCAUCUGCCAGGAUCUCAGGAUGUCCCUUGCUGACACCUGACUGAACUAGAGUUCAGGGUGGAUUUCCUGCCCCAAAACCUCAGCACUGUGUGGUCCUGGCCCAGCUGAUGGCAUCUGCACUGCUGCUUGGAUUGACACGUAUUUGGACUGGUGGGCAUUUCCCUCCUUGGCAGGAGCCAUCCAAGGAGCAGCCAAGGAGGCUGUGGACAGCCUCAGGACAGAUUUGCCUGGCUGCAGGGUCCUGAGCUCUCAGGGUUUGGUUGUACAGUCAUUUCAUCUCCAAAAAGAUGCGCUGCAAAUCCAGGACUAACUCCCUCUGCUCUUGGAACUGGGUAAGGGGCAGGUCCCCAUGGGGAAGUGCCUCUUCCUCCUCUUCAGGGCCACCACAGCCUGGAUCUAGCCCUAGCCCCAGCCCCAGUCCCAGCCAGUAUAAUCUUGAGCUUCCUUUCCUGUAAAGACAUAAAUCAACCCUUCAACAUGACGCCACUACCUCUGCUGGCAAAGGGACUAAAGCCAAAGUGGUUUUGGGUUUUUUGGUUUUUUUUUUUUUAAGCUAUGAGACUUUCCUGCACUGAGGCACAGAGAAACAAGUAGAGUUUUAGCUUGGAAUGAGCUGAGGGCCUUUUCCUUCCUUCUGCUUGUGGGAGACAGACCAGGUGAUGUUGGGGGGGAUGGUUCUCAGACACCUUGGUACUGCACAAACAGGCACUGGACAGGAGGUUUGAGCCCUCUGAAGUCGAUGGAGAACCCAUCUCAUCAAAGGUACAUAAAUCCAGGUUAACGCACAGGUUUGGAACUGAGCCAGGGAAGAGCUAGAGAGCCACAGGAUUUGUUGUGCCCUCCAGCUCUUCCACAGGAUAGUUAAGAUUUUUCCAGGGCAGCAGGAAGAUGCGGGAAUGCUGCUGCCAUGGCGGUACUGUGUGUGUGAGAGGGUGGGUGAGGAUGAUGAGGGUGAGUGUGAGUGAGAGGAUAAAGCUAUGCUUGAGCGUCCCAUGGUGGCAGCUCCCUCGUGGUUGUGUCAAUUCUGUUUGUCCUGACAGGCCUGUGCUGCUGUACAACGCUGCCUUGCUGCGUUCUCAUUGAUGAGCUUCCCAAAGAA